AUGUCGCCGGUGACCGCGCUACUGGCGGGCACGGCCGUGCCGCCGGCCCCGUCCCCGUCCCAGGCGCCGGAGAGGCAGCACCAGCACGCCCGCCACUACUCCGUCGGCUUCCCAUCGCUGCUGGUGGUGGAGUGCUCGUCGCGGCCGCAGAAGAAGGGGACCAAGCACCACAUGAAGACGCGGGCCACGAAGAUGCAGCCAUGGGACAUCAAGCGCCUCCCAACACAGUACCCGCCGCUGCCGCCGCUCCCGCCGGACUGGACGCUCGUCGCAUCCGGCACCACGGCACCCGCGACCCCCGUCCUCGAGGUGGCCGUGGCAUGUCACUAA